CAAAGCAAAAAUCUGUGGGCUGUGACCGCGGCAUACAUAUCAAAUUUGAAGUUCUUUCUAGAAAACCUAGAGCAUAGAAAGAUGUUUCUAAACUUAUUUUUAUUUAUGUAAGCUCAAGUAUUUAUAAGUUGUAAACAGAUAAGUUACUACUGGAAAAUGUCAAAUGUUUUCGGAUUGAUAGUAUCCGGGCGAUUGGUGCAGACAGAUUUUACACUGGUCUCAGAGACGAGUCUCGUCACGACAAUUCUAGAUGUUGAUUCUAUCAACCAUGCGGUAGUGUUUUUGACGGGCUCGACGCCGUUACCUGCCGGCUCAGUUGCAAUCGUCUACUGGAGCUGGCCUGAUCCCAAUGCGCCUCCGAAUUGGCAGCCGCUCGGACAUAUCUCAAAUGCUAAACCUUCGGCUAUAUUCAAAAUUCAGAAUUUAAAAAAGCUUCAUGAAUUAUCAACUGAAAACAAAUUUAUAAAUGCAUUUGGCCAGCAGCAAAUCUGUCACAAUGCUCAAAUAGGGAUCUCCAUUGAACCAGAAGUAAAUGCUCAAAUGUUGGAACCUGUUCUAGAACAACAAACAAACAACUACGUGACAUUUGCACAGAAGAUGCUGGAAAACUUAGUGAACUUUGUAGCAUCUUUUUCUGUAACACAAGAUCAAAUGACCCCCACUCCGGGUGUCUCCUACAUACCACUAAAUACUCUACAUACAUGGUACCAGAACUUCGAGAGGCGCUUGCAGAAUAAUCCCAACUUUUGGAAGAACUUAUAAAGUAAUAUAGAAUAAGUGCAUUGUUUAAGCAAUUUGAAUAAUAUGUAGGGUAACUGAAUGAAUAACUGACUAAAUUGUUUAUUUAACUAAUCUUCAUGCCAGGUUUCAAUGAGAAUUGGGGAUGUAGUGUGUUUUUUGUUAAACAAAAUUUGAAAAUAUGUAGAUUCAGAUGACUUAUUGUUGGAAAAAAUGCUGAUUGCUUUAAAAGUUCUUCUCACGCCACCCUUAUUAUAUAUUAAUAUUAUGAUUCAAUUCAUUGUAAUGCUUCUAUUUUAUUAUUCACUAAAAUACUCCCUGUGA